CCCCGCGGCCGCCCGCCCGCCUGAGGAGGGACCCCCGCGGGGCCGCGGCCUGCCCUGCCCGGGCCCCUCUGCGCGCCCGCCUCGGCCUCGCCUCAGGUCUCCGCCGCCCCCCGCCCAGCCCGGGGCUCCUCCCCUGCCGCCAGCCCCCGCUCCCCCUUUGUCACUGAAGCACAAAGGUCCUCGGCGGCCCGGGGGAGACGGGAGCUCCCUCCGUAAAGCUCGGCCCCGGUGGCGGGGAUCGGAGCAGGACCAACAUAACGCUGCCACCGCCGCCGCCCCGCCGGGAGCCCCCCGCCGCGCUCCCCGAGGAGCUCGCUGCGCGCCGGGACAGCUUCCCCCGCCUCACCGCCCUUCUGUUGAGUCUUCAAGCCCAGGAGGUUCAGCAACAUCUGAUGACCAUGAAUUUGAUCCAUCAGCUGAUAUGCUGGUGCAUGACUUUGAUGAUGAACGGACAUUAGAAGAGGAGGAAAUGAUGGAAGGAGAAACAAACUUCAGUUCUGAAAUAGAGGAUCUUAACAGGGAAAGUGAUAUGCCCAUCCAGGAGCUACUUAGCCGUUAUGGCUACGAUGGUACCAUUCCACUCCAAGAAGAUGAUGAUGAUGAAGAUGAGGAAGAGGAAGAGGAGGAGGGAGAAGAUGAUGAUGAUGUUGAUAAUGAUGACAACAGUGGCUGUAGUGGUGAAAACAAAGAGGAGACCAUAAAAGAUUCAUCAGGGCAGGAGGAUGAGACACAGUCAUCUAAUGACGACCCAGCACCAUCUGUUGCUUCUCAAGAUCCACAGGAGAUAAUUCGCCCUCGUCGAUGUAAAUAUUUUGAUACAAAUAGUGAAAUAGAAGAGGAAUCUGAAGAAGAUGAAGAUUAUAUUCCCUCAGAAGACUGGAAAAAGGAAAUCAUGGUGGGCUCGAUGUUUCAAGCUGAAAUUCCAGCUGGCACGUGCAAAUACAAAGAGAAUGAGAAAGUGUAUGAAAAUGAUGAUCAGCUGCUCUGGAAUCCUGACUUCUUACCAGAAGAUAAAGUGGUCGAGUUCCUAAAUGAAGCAUCGAGGCGUACGGGUGAUGAGAAAGGCCUGGAUGCAAUUCCUGAAGGAUCACAUAUUAAAGACAAUGAGCAGGCAUUGUAUGAACUGGUUAAGUGCAAUUUUGAUACUGAAGAAUCAUUACGAAGGCUGAGAUUUAAUGUCAAAGCAGCCAGAGAAGAAUUAUCUGUUUGGACAGAAGAAGAAUGUAGGAACUUUGAACAAGGGCUGAAAGUCUAUGGCAAGGAUUUUCAUGUGAUUCAGGCAAACAAGGUACGAACACGAUCAGUUGGUGAGUGUGUAGCAUUUUAUUACAUGUGGAAGAAAUCAGAGCGUUAUGAUUUCUUUGCGCAGCAGACCCGAUUUGGAAAGAAGAAAUACAAUCUUCACCCUGGUGUAACGGAUUAUAUGGACCGUCUCCUGGAUGAAAGUGAAAGUGCUGCAUCCAGUAGAGCUCCAUCCCCUCCUCCUACAACUUCCAACAGCAGCACCAGCCAGUCUGAGAGGGAAGACAGCACAACCAGCAGCAGCAAUCAGAACGGGGUGUCUGCUAAUGGCCCAGGUGAGAUACCAAACAAAGAUGAAGCAAAAACCGAAGGAUUACAUGUAAAUGGACCUACCAGCGGGAAGAAAACACCUCACACGGAUCUGGAUACAAAUGGGUAUGAGACUGAGAACCUUUCCAUUGACCCAAAACUUGCUCAUUCAGCUUCAAGAAACGAGAAUGAUUUUGAAGAAAAAAAUGAAAGACCUCUGAAAAGAAGAAGAAUUAACAGCAAUGGCAAAGAGAGCCCAGGUUCUUCAGAGUUCUUCCAAGAAUCAAAUUCACACGGGAAGCUUGAAGAACUAGAAACUUUGGAUGACUGAGUGCUAGGAGCUGAUUUUAUUCCUUGGAGUAAAUUUUGGGUGUCUAAAAUUUUCAGGGUUGAUGGGUUACCUUACAAAAUCCAGUUCCCUAAAACAAUCUGCUGAGAUUUUUUUUCCUUAUACCUUCUAGUUGGCUCUUAAGAUCUGGUUAUUUGGGGAUUUAUUCAGUGCUGAAGAGCAGUAGGAGAAUAUUCUGUUUCUCAGAGCUGGCAACUGCAGUUCUGGGAACAACAAUAAGGCUCUUAAAAACAUCAGUGAAACAAAUCAGUGAGUUUCUACAAAAAUACUCCCAGCCUAAUCCAUUUAAAGAAACUUCUGUGUGUAAUACACCACUUAAGCAUUGUACAAGUGAACAAAGCAUCCUAUUUGAAGCAGGGAGCUGGUUCAAACCUUGCAGGAGGUUAAAAUGAAAUAGAAGACACACGCAUCAGAGCAGGCACCGAGACUUCCACUCAUGCUAGCGAGGGGAAAGCGCCAUCCUGUUGUUAAGGAACCCUUAUGAAUCCUGAAAGUUAUGAGCACAACUAUUUUUAUAUAUAGAAGUUUUAAAGGUAAAUAAAUAAACCAGGUCAGGUUUGUCUAUGUAAAAUUGUUGACAUCAAUGAUGUCUUUCCAUAUUCUUUAUCUGGGCUAAAGAAAUACAUUCUGUAUUUUUCCAGAUUCCUUUGUAGCCUUUGAAAGAUUUUUACAGUACUUAUGUCUUGAUUGAACUGUCCUUUCUUAAAACAAAAGCUUGUAUAAUUUUCUUAACUUGUACAGUUGGUAAACUUUUAUGAGAGAAUUGAUAUCCUGAGUCUAAUGUCAGCUUCCUUUUAUUUUGCUGAAGUCUUUUCUAGGAAAAAAAAAGACAAAAAAAACCCCUAAACCAAACCAAUCGACUUAAAAGAUGCUUUUUAGCACCAUCAUGUUAUUUUCUUCUCAGAGAACAGUCAACACUUGACAUCAAGAAUGGUUACAUGUCAUUUGAUUUUGAAAACUAUGAUUUUUCUUACUUUAUAUGGCAAAUAGUGAUGCUAAAGAUGUGUUAAGCAUGAUGCUUGCAUUGCACAAAGUCCCUCGCUUCCCUUAGCCAUGGUCUCUUUUCUUUUUGAACGCAGAUACAUUUCACCUCAGCCAAAUGCUUCACCAAGAUCAGGUGUUAGCUCAUCCUCUGCUUUAUUUGCAGGCUAUUUAUCUGUCAUCUUCCCCAUUUCACUGAGCACAGGAAGGGUAGGGAAGUGGGAAGUGAUUCUGGCUGUACAGCUUGGGAACGGACACGCAGGCAGGAACCUGGGCUGGAAUGUCUGACAACCAGUGGGCCUUGUGUGGAUGGGUGUUUCAGUGGGAGCAGGAACAUCACAAACACGUAUUUGGCACAGAAGAUACACUCAGCAUAUAGAGCUUUACAUGUAAUAAAUGAGAGUAGGUGUGGAUUUUAAGCUUAAAGUGGGAGAAAGGAGAACUCUUUAUAAUGUAUGUGGAGGGGGUGAUGCUCACCAUCCCACUAGCAGAAUUUGAGAGUUUUUCAUGUAGGGUUGACAUCCAUGAAAUAAGAAGAGUUUUUAAUACCAGUGUUUUGGUUUAUUGUUAUUUUUUUAAAGCCACAUCUACAAUAUUAAAAAAAAAAAAUAGGAAAAAUUGUUCAUUUGUAUAAUUUAUCAUCUUGUGUCCUCCUCCUCCUGUGGCUUACGGGCGUGCUGGCCAUUUUGAAUGGGUUAUUUUCACUUCACAUGUAUGAGUCUUUGUAUGGUCCUAUGGUUUGAAACUGAUUUCUUACCCUAAACCCACUGCUAAAGGUUUUGUUUGGUUUCUUUUCUUCUUCAACUACGUGUACUUGGACUUUAUGGUCAUUAAUGAGCCAAAUCCUCUGGAUCCGGCCUGGUUCCAUCACCGUGAUGAGUUACAGGAGCUGUUAACCUGCUGUUCCCAGAAGUGCUGUGAAUGAUCCAUUCUGACUGCGCCAGCUGACGUGUGGAAGGUGACAUCUGCCUAGAACUAGCCCGCAAUUCACAUGGAGAGGCACAGCAGAGAGGUUUGCUAACUACAGCCUGCAUUAAUCAAGUAAUGAAGUGCUUGCUUUAGUUAACUUCCCAAUCUGGUUCAUCAAACCCAAAGCAUCACAGCCUUGGAUCAAAGAUGGUCUCAAGACGGUUUCAGACUGAAGGUGGUGCAGUGCUUCCAAGAGUCUUUUGCAGCUAGAGUCCUAUUUUCAGUUUUAUUCUGAUGCAGUUUUGUUUGCUUCCAAAACCUUAUAGGAAAGUUUCUAAGUAAGUCAAUUGUCUCAGGCUUGUGUGUGAAAUACAGCACUGUGUAUAUUUUCAGGAAUGUUGCUUUGUUUUAUCUUUCUUACCUUUCUUUUGGUGUCACAUAGGAGAGACCUGACAUUCCAUAAUCAGCAGCUCUGUAAUGCUCAGCUAGACUUUAAGAAUAUUUAAUUCUGAUUUACAUUUUGUUUAUGCUGGUGUUCUAUACAAGACUUUGUUCAUGUUCUUCAAACUGCAGCCACUAUAACUUGAUAAGUCAUUGCACUACUAAAGCUAUUUAAAAGCCUAGAACUAAAGUAACUCUGAUUUCAUUUGCAAAACCUUCGGUGCAGCUUGGAGCUUGGAGCCUUGUUUCCAAACUGCACUGAAGCCUCGCAUCACGAGUUGGGUGUGUUUUGAAGUGCUGUCAUGAUGAAGUGCUUUAAGACUGCAGCCUGAACAGAGAGCCCAGCUCAACAGAGUCAGUCUCUUUGCUGGGCUUCCUAAAGGAUUAAAUGGGAUAUUAUAAAACCAACCAACCACACACACAAAACUUACGAGUUAGUUUUAUACAUUUUCCACACAUAGUAAUUUUGCACUGUUAGUAAUUCCCUUCUCCUACCUCCCCUCCCUCUGUCUGCAAUUCUGAAAAAGCUUAUUAAACUAUUUUUUAAACAUAA